GAAACCAAAAUGGCGAAUGUAUUAGGGGAAAAUGACCCGUUUGUUAUUUUCUAAAAAACCUUUGUAGUGUGUCAUUUUAAGAGAGUUGCAUUUCAAAGAGACUUACCGCUACUCGGACACGAGGCCAAUCACGACCGAGUAUUUCAAUAUAUGUGGCAUUUUGACCCUCCGAACUGACCGAAUGAGAUAUGCUGCUAUGAGACUCAACAGCAUUAGAGCACUUGCCGGUCCACCAGCAGAAAGCACAUUCCCAUCGGCAGCACAAGACGCCAGUGUCCCUGACCAGCGUCGACCCUGCCGAGGAUAGACAUGGAGGGGACAUGGACACCAAGCUCGGCGACAAGUUUAAAGAGGGACAAGAGGUCCUAGCCCGAUGGUCGGAUGGCCUGUUUUAUUUGGGGAUUAUCACUAAGAUAAAUAAGGGGAAGCAGCGCUGUUUUGUGGUCUUUGAAGAUCGGUCAAAGUCCUGGGUUCUGUGGAAGGACAUUCAGACAGGGGACGAAGGAGGGGAGGACAUGGUCUGCACAAUAUGCCAGGAUGAGUGCUCUGAGGAGCCUAACGAGAUUGUCAUCUGCGACAAGUGUGGACAAGGAUACCACCAGCUUUGCCACUCCCCCAUCAUCGACUCCAGUCUGAUUGACACCGAUGAGAAGUGGCUCUGUGGGGAGUGUGUGUUCGCCACAACAACAAAUAAGGGUGCACUGAAGGGUCCCAAAGCCCAGCAGGAGAUGAACCACUCUUUGCCUUAUGCCCUUGAGGACCUGGUGUGGGACCAGGGCCACAAGACUAACAUCCAGCAAUGCUACUGCUACUGUGGAGGGCCUGGAGACUGGUACCUGAAGAUGCUCCAGUGCAACAGGUGUAAGCAGUGGUUCCACGAGGCGUGUAUCCAGUGUUUUAAGACGCCCAUGCUCUAUGGAGAUAGGUUCUAUCUAUUUAUUUGUUCAGUUUGCAAUAGUGGACCGGAGUACCUCAAACGACUGCCUCUUAGAUGGGUGGACGUUGCACACCUGAGCCUCUACAAUCUGAGUGUGAUUCACAAGAAGAAGUACUUUGAUUCUGAGCUGGAGCUGAUGACUUACAUCAACGACAACUGGGAACAACUGCAGCUCCUGGAGCUUUCAGCUACUCCUCAAUCGGACCGAUAUGAAAGUAUUCUGGAAGCACUGAAUAGCAACCACAGCAUGUUCAUGUCGGGGAAGGAGAUUAAGAAGAAGAAGCACCUCUUUGGGCUGAGGAUCCGUUUUCCUCCGGGUCCCCAGAGCUCUGAGCUGCUGGCCGACAGAGGGGAGCCAGAGAGGGCCUCCAACGAGAUCAAGAUUAAAGGCAGGAAGGCUAUCAAACCCCUGACCAACACCAGUGAAUUAACCAAUGGCGUGGUAAAGAAAGCCAAGAAGAGGAAGAAGCAGGGAGGUCACUCCCUGGAGACUCUGGCCAAGCUAAGACGCUCCAGUGAACUCUUGGCGCAGGAUGUGAAGCCACCACUGCAUUCCCACUCGUUGGAUCUCUUAGCCUCUAGUGUCCCCUUUACUCCCAGCAGCAGGAGCGACAGAUCUCUGCCAUCCUCCAGUACAUCAGACGUGGACUCCAUCGGUGCCGUCAGCACCACUGAAACUACCUCAACUAACCUCUCCAGACAGUCCAGCCUGUGUAGCUCCAUUAAGACACGCACGGGCCGCCACUGGCCCAUUGCCAAGCCCCCCCUGAAGAGGAGACGGGGCCGGCCACGACGGGUCCCCCCUCACCACCCAGACCCCCAUGCCCCAGAGCCCCCCAACACCUUGCCGGGGCUCCACUCCACGGACAUAGUGCACGGCCUGGGCCCAGGCGGCCAGCUGUCCCACCUCAAGAGCUCUAUCACCAGCUACUUUGGGGCGGCAGGCCGCCUGGAGUGCGGGGAGAAGUACCGUGUCCUGGCCCGCCGGGUCACCCUGGACGGCAAGGUCCAGUACCUGGUAGAAUGGGAGGGUGUCACCGCCUCCUGAGCGUCUCACAACGCUUACGUAGUUUAUUACGCGUUUACACAGCGCUUAUAAAGCAUUAUACAAUGGGUGGGUCUAAUCCUGAAUGCUGAUUGGUUUAAACCGCAUUCCAGCCAGUGUCUAUUCCACAAGA